AAAUAGGGGACUGGACCCCACACCUUCACCAUGAUUCUCUUCCUCAAAUCAUUCACAGAGAUCUCAAAUCAGAUAAUGUGAUGCUUGAUUCUGAGAUGGAACCAAAGAUUGGAGACUUCGGGAUUGCUAAAAUAGUAUCAGAUUCUGAUGAAGACUCGAGAAACUCCAAAAUUGUUGGGACCCUAGGGUACAUUGCUCCAGAGAACGCAUACUCCGUUCAAUUGACAGAGAAAAGUGAUGUCUAUAGCUAUGGAGUUCUUCUACUGGAGCUCUUCUGCAGAAAAAUGCCAGUAGACCCCAGCUUUGAAGAAGGAUUAGACAUUGUUUUCUGGGUGAGAAAAAACUUGCAGAGAAGCAACAAUUUCCUUUGCUUUCUUGACGAAGAAAUUAGUCUCUGGGAUGUAGAAGAACAAUGGAAGGCCCUGAAAAUAAUGGAUCUGGCUCUUCAAUGUGCUCAACUCGAGGCAACCACCAGGCCUGCAAUGAGGGAUGUAGUAAGGUCUCUUGUCGAGUUAAAUCAUAAAUGUAAAGAGAAGAAAUGAAGCUUAUAGCAGUGAAAACCAUGUUCAUCUUUUCCAAAUUCCAACAUAAUUGUGUUCCGGGGUGUUUCAGUUUAACUUUCUCAAAUCUAAUGCAACAACAUAGACUAAGAAAAUGCAUAUUGUUUCAAAUAA